AUGGUAGAUUUUGGACAUAUCUUCACAGACAAUUCUCGAAGAUUUCAUGACGCAAGUGAAUAUUCGGCUAGAGGAAUGGAGAAAAACGGCAAUGAAAACUUUUUCAAUUAUUUGAGAAUGUCCCCUGAUAUAUUUCAUCUAUUGCUUGGACUCUUGGAGACUGAACUUGAAAAACAACCAAGAACCAGAUUAGAAAUUACGCUUUGUUAUCUGGCAUCUGGUGAAGGUAUGACUUCUAUUUCAUAUCUUUUUCGUGUUGGGAUUCCUAGAGUUUCAGAAAUUAUUCAUGAAACAUGCCUUUUGAGGCAUUUAGAACACAUCCAUAGAUAA